AUGCGAGACAGUGAAGAAUUUAAACUCGUAACUAAUCGAAAGAAACGUGCACCUAAAAUUCGAACUAUAUGCCAUUCAAGUACAUUUUUAUCUACUAACAAUGACAAUGAUGACGAUCAUAAUAUUAAUUACGAAACAGUUUUUGGAAAAUUGCUAAAGGCUGAAAUUGAACUGAAAAAUUCAUCAUUUGCUGAUAAUGUUUUUCAUUAUUUGAAAGAUUCAUUAAACGCUUUAGAUAGCAAUGGUAUUUCUGAUAUAGUGUGCUAUGGUUUGGGUCAUUUUUUUAGUCGCAGAUCUUCUAAAUAUCAAUUAGCACUACUUUUGUUUUUGAAAAAACAUUUUAAUCCUCAAGUUUAUGUAUAUGAUCCGAUUUUUUCUUCUAAAGAAAUUGAGUUUCUAAAAAAACUUGAUUUUAAUAUUAUAAAAAUUAAUGAAGAAGGAAAACGCAUUAUAUGUGAUAAUAUUACUUUAGUAUAUAUGCCACAUUGUUCAAUACAUUUAAUUAAUAAUUUUCUUUAUGCUAAUUGGUGUAAAAAGUUAAAUAAAUGCAUUCUUUUAACAAAUAGCUUUUCAAUUGUGGCAGAUAAUUUCAGAAAAACAAAUAAAUCUAGUCCUAUUGAUUAUAUCUUACGUAUACAACCAUAUGUAACAGAAAUUGUUUUACAAAAUAAUUUCAUAUAUGAAGAAGUAUUUAAUGAUUUAAAUAUUCAUAUAUUUCUUGAACAGAAUAUUAGUAAAAUUCCUCAAAGUUUUUGGAACAAACAAGAAAAACCUUGCUAUCAAGAUAUUGAAAUUGAUUAUUUAACUGCUAAACAAACUGAAGAAAUAGAUGCUAAGAAUUUAUUAGAAGAAAGAUGAAACCAAACACAAAAUUGCUUCGUUCGCUCAUACAAGAAAUUCGACGAGCGUCAUCUGAACAAAAAGCAAAAAAUAAUAUUAUGAUACAGUAUAUUUUAGAACAAGCAAAAUCUCAUCAAGAAACUUCUGAAGUCUUGUGUAAAGCACGAGAAGAAUUAAAAAAUUUAGCAGAAACGUAUCUUUGUUACCUAAAUUCUCAGCGUAUGUGCAAAGAAAUUAAAAUCCGAUAUGCUGGUAAAGGUGAACGAAGUAUUAAAGAAACUGCAGAUCUCGUUGGAUUUAAAUUACCUCAUGAUCCGAAAUAAAUUCGGAUUUAAACAAUAAUUAGAUUAAUAUAGAUUUAUUAAUAAACAAAAUAGUAAAAAAUGAAACAAUUAUAAAAAGAAAGUACUGUUAAAAAAAUAUAAAAUAAAUCUUAAUUAAUUAUAA